UAUGAAGAAUGUGGGAAAUCUUGUACAAGUUCACACUCUAUUCAGCAUUCUGGAGCUUAUGUGGGAUUCAAACUUUAUGAAUGUGAUGAAUGUGGGAAAACUUUCUGUCAGAAGUCAAACCUUAAUGAACAUGUGAGAAUUCACACAAAGGAGAAAACUUAUGAUAACAAUGACUGUGGGAAAUCUUAUAGGUCACCCCUUAUAGGACAUCAGAGAACAGAAACAAAGAUGAAACUCUGUGAAGGCAGUGAAUGUGGAAAAACAUUCUUCGAGAUGGCAUGUCUCAAAGAACAUUGGAGAAUUCCCACUGAGGAGAAACCUUAUGAAUGUAUUGAAUGUGGGAAAACUUUCUUCACGUCAUCGCAUCUCAGAGCACAUCAGAGAAUUCACACAGGUGACAAACCCUAUGAAUGUAUUGAAUGUGAGAAAACUUUCUCUCACAAGACACACCUCAAUGCACAUCAGAGAAUCCACACAGGAGAGAAAACCUAUGAAUGUAUUGAAUGUGGAAAAUCUUUUACCUAUAAUUCAGCCCUAAAAGCACAUCAGAGAAUUCACACAGGUGAGAAACCCUAUGAAUGUACUGACUGUGAGAAAACUUUUGCCCAUAAUUCAGUCCUCAGAACACAUCAGAGAAUUCACACAGGGGAGAAACCUUAUGAAUGUAAAGAAUGUGGAAGGUCUUUUGCCCGUGUUUCUGUUCUCAAAGCACAUCAAAGAAUUGAUACAGGGGAGAAACCCUAUGACUGUAAUGAAUGUAGGCGAUCUUUUACCUACAAUUCAGCUCUACGAUCACAUCAGAGAAUUCAAACAGGUAGGAAUCUCUAUGAAUGUAGUGACUGUGAGAAAACUUUUACCCAUAAUUCAGCCCUCAGAGUACAUCAGAGGAUUCACACAGGGGAGAAACCUUAUGAGUGUAAUGAAUGUGAGAAAACUUUUGCCCAUAAUUCAGCGCUUAGAGCACAUCAGAAAAUUCACACAGGAGAGAAACUCUAUGAAUGUAAUGAAUGUGAGACAACUUUUUCUCAAAAGACAUACCUCAGUAAACAUCAUAGAAUUCACACAGGUGAAAAACCCUAUGAAUGUGGUGAAUGUGGGAAAACUUUCUCUUGGAAAUCAUACCUCAGUGGACAUGAAAGAAUUCACACGGGGGAAAAACCCUAUGAAUGUAACAUAUGCGGGAAAACUUUUGUCCAUAAGGCAGCCCUCAUAGUACAUCAAAGAAUUCACACAGGGGAGAAACCCUAUGAAUGUAAUGAAUGUGGGAAGACGUUCUCCCAAAGAACACACCUCUGUGCACAUCAGAGAAUUCAUACCGGGGAAAAACCCUAUGAGUGUAAUGAAUGUGGGAAAACUUUUGCUGGUAAUUCAGCCCUCAGGGCCCAUCACCGAAUCCACACAGGGGUGAAACCCUACGAAUGUGGUGAUUGUGGGAAAACUUUCUCUGAGACAUCGCAUCUUAAAACACAUCUUAGGACCCACACAGGGGAGAAACCCUAUGAAUGUAAUGAAUGUGGGAAAACGUUCUCUGAGAAGUCUUAUGUUAGUGCACAUCAGAGAGUACACACAGGGGAGAAACCCUAUGAAUGUAAUAUAUGUGGGAAACCAUUUGCCCAUAACUCAACCCUUAGAGUGCAUCAGAGAAUUCACACAGGUGUGAAAUCCUAUGGAUGUAAUGAAUGUGGGAAAACUUUCUCCCAGAAGUCACACCUUAGUGCACACCAGAGGACUCACACAGGGGAGAAACCCUAUGAGUGUAAUGAAUGUGGGAAAGCUUUUGCCCACAAUUCAACUCUCAGAGCACACCAGAGAAUUCACACAGGGGAGAAACCCUAUGAAUGUGGUGAAUGUGGGAAAACUUUUGUUCGUAAGGCAGCUCUUAGAGUACAUCACACCAGAAUGCAUACCAGAGAGAAAACCCUAACACAUAAUGAAUUUGAGAAGUCCUGAAUUAACUCAUACCUCAUUUUAUACCACACAGCACAGAAACUCUUGUCAUGUAGACUGGAAAAUUGUUUUCCUUAACAUUUUCCUUUUCCACUAGGCUCAUAGCUUGUUGAAAAUCCCAAUCUCAUUCAUCCAGGUGGGCUAACCAAAGAAUAUGAAGCUAAUGAUAUAUAUUACAUUUAGUCCUGGCCCUUAAGCAUCUUAUAGUCUUCCUGGUCCAUGGUAAGAUGGGAUUGAGAUGAUUUCCACAGCAAGUUGGCUUUUGUGUGUUGAAUGUGGUGGAGCACAAGGUCAAAAGAAGCUAGAGUCUGAGUAACUUUGGAUCUUCAUCGUUUGUUUUUCAAGCAAGAAUUAGGUUUGUUUUCCAUUGAGCUCUCACAGAUUUGACUUACUAGUUAAAUGCAUUGUUUUGCUAACUCUGUUAGACUGGGAUAAAUCCUACCAAUAUAAUACAUGUCAGAAGAACUAUAAGAAUUCACUUUUAUUGUAUAUCAGACUUCACAUGAAGAAGAAAACUAUCAACAUUCUGAAUGAUCAGAAGCCUUCAUUAAAGUCAGAGACAUUUCGGGGAAAAACACAGAAGCCUUCACAACAAAAUUAAUUGCAUUAAACAUCAGAUAGGAUAAAAUUUUAUAUUUUGAAUAAACGAUUUUUAACAAAUAUUGAA